AUGCGAAGUAUAUAUCUGAUGUCAAACGGGCCGACACAUUCAACCCAUUUCAGACUUUGUACUUUACCACUGGUGAUUCUACAAAAGAUGGCGAAAUUAUUACACCUGGCGAUUCGGGUGGACCAGUCGUUUCAAAAACAAAUGGCAAAAUCGUGGGCAUAACUACGGGUAUGAAUAGAACAACAGGUGGUCGCGGAAUGUUCCUUCCAAUUACUCUAUUUCUCGAUUUUAUUCAUGACCCAAAGAGCGUGAAACCACUUCCACCUUCGCUCACACCUAACGAAGCUAAAUUUAUAGCCGAUAUAACGGUACAGCCAAAAUUUCUUACCGUCACCAAGAAAACAUAUGCCAAUGCCGACGAAGAUGCUCAACUAAAAUUUAAUGCAAUCAUUUUGUCGGAAACGGAGAUUUUGACCUGUGCACAUAAUGUGCAAGGCGCCCCAUAUGUCUAUGUAACCGUUAACAAACUCACAAGCAAUGCGAAAACAAUCAAAGUCACUAAAGACCAGAUAGAAGUUCAUGAGAAAUUCGCAUUUCCUGGAUUGAAAUUUGACAUUGCCAAGAUUACACUUAAAGAACCGUUAGAGUUCAACGAUAACGUCGGCAGCAUCGAUUUGGUGGACAAAGAUUACAAAAUGAAUGACCCGUCCGAAAUGGUUACUGUCUACGGUGAUGUGGUAUUGGAUGGAACAAUGAGAACGAGGCGUUAUGAUACAAAGUAUUUAGAUGGCGCCAAAUGCAAACCGAAACUGCACCCCGUAUUUGAUGCAAAUCAUUUGAUGUGUUACACUUUAGAUGAAAGCAUGGGAGCUCCCGCUACGUUUGGAGGUCCAAUGAUUUCGAAAAAGAAUAAAAAACUCGUGGGCAUGACCAUAAGUCAUUUACCUGAUCAGCCAGUUAUUUUUCAACCAAUUGCACCGUUGCUCGAUUGGAUCCAGAAGCCAAGGGUAAGAUGUAAUCAAAGAAGAAGAAUAUAGGUGUGGAAAAAUGGGUUUUAGGCGCCUGGAAAAGUUGAAUACCGUCUCUUUUUUUGCCCCUGUCAUUUGAUGUUCAACAA